CGCGGCACUCCGGCUUAACCAAACGCAAACAGAGGGUGGAGGAGAGCGACGCUGCCUGAAAACUCCCGUUACCGGCGGCGGCGGGAGGCCCGGGGCCGAGGCUGGGUUUCCCUCAGGGGCAUGAGACAUGGCCAGAAGGGCUCUCAAGCUCGCUUCAUGGACCAGCAUGGCCCUUGCUGCCUCUGGCUUCUACCUCUACAGUAACAAGUACCUGGACCCUAAUGACUUUGGCGCUGUGAGGGUUGGCAGAGCAGUUGCUACGACAGCUGUCAUCAGUUACGACUAUCUCACCUCCUUGAGGAGUGUCCCCUAUGGUUCAGAGGAGUACUUACAGCUUCAGUCCGAGGUGCACCUCCGUUCUGCCAGGCGUCUCUGUGAACUCUGCUGUGCCAACCGAGGCACCUUCAUCAAGGUGGGCCAGCACCUGGCGGCCCUGGAGUACCUGCUGCCCCAGGAGUACACCAGCACGCUGAAGGUGCUGCACAGCCAGGCCCCGCAGAGCAGCAUGCAAGAGGUCCGCCAGGUCAUCCGCGAGGACCUGGGCAAAGAGGUACAUGAUUUGUUCGUGAGCUUUGACGAAACCCCUCUGGGGGCUGCCUCCCUGGCCCAGGUCCAUAAGGCGGUGCUGCAUGACGGGCGGACGGUGGCUGUGAAGGUCCAGCACCCAAAGGUACAGGUGCAGAGCUCGAAGGACAUUCUCCUGAUGGAGAUGCUCCUUCUGGCUGUCAAGCAGCUGUUUCCAGAGUUUGAGUUCAUGUGGCUGGUGGAUGAAGCCAAGAAAAACCUGCCUUUGGAGCUGGAUUUCCUCAACGAAGGGAGGAAUGCAGAGAAAGUGGCGCAAAUGCUCAAGCAAUUUGACUUCUUAAAGGUCCCCCAAAUCUACUGGGAGCUGUCCACCAAGAGGGUCCUUCUGAUGGAGUUUGUGGAUGGCGGGCAGGUCAACGACCGAGACUAUAUGGAGAGGAACGAGAUUGACGUGAAUGAGAUCUCUCGCCACCUGGGCAAGAUGUACAGCGAGAUGAUCUUUGUCAACGGUUUCGUGCACUGUGACCCCCACCCGGGCAAUGUGCUGGUGCGGAAGCGGCCAGACACAGGAAAGGCAGAGAUUAUCCUGUUGGACCAUGGGCUCUACCAGGUGCUCACGGAAGAGUUCCGCCUGGAUUACUGCCACCUCUGGCAGUCGCUGAUCUGGACUGACAUGAAGAGAGUGAAGAAGUACAGCCAGCGCCUGGGAGCUGGCGAUCUCUACCCCUUGUUUGCCUGCAUGCUGACUGCCCGCUCGUGGAACUCGGUCAACAGGGGCAUCAGCCAAGCUCCAGUCACUGCCACUGAGGACUUGGAGAUCCGCAACAAUGCGGCCAACUACCUCCCCCAGAUCAGCCAGCUCCUCAGCCACGUGCCACGCCAGAUGCUGCUGAUCUUCAAGACCAAUGACCUGCUGCGUGGCAUUGAGGCCGCCCUGGGCACCCGCGCCAGCGCCAGCUCCUUCCUCAACAUGUCACGUUGCUGCAUCAGAGCUCUGGCCACGCACAACAGGAAGACCGCCUGUUCGUUCUUCAGAAGGACCCAGAUCUCUUUCAGCGAGGCCUUCAGCUUAUGGCAGAUCGACCUUCAUGAACUCAUUCUGCGUGUGAAGGCGUUAAGGCUGACCCGCUGGGUCUUGGCCCUGCUUUGCUGGCUGUUGCCUGCUCCCUACUGAGUGGGCUUUCUGUCCCCUUCCCUUUUUCGGCAGACUCUACGGUGGGCAAGGGUCUUUUCACUCAUUCUUUAGGCAUGUCUCUACCCGUUGCCCUGUUUCUGCCACAUGGUGGCCUGGAGCCCAUGGUCACCGCCCAGGGCACCCUCAUACUCCACCUCUGGAAUUCCUGUCCCUCCCUGUAGCCCCUGUCUGGGGGCCCACAUGCUGAACCAUGCUGUAGGUCCCUGUCCUUAUCGAGCAAGGUGGCACACAGUCCACUUUCCCACUCCCGGUGUGUGCCGUUGGGCUAGAUGUCCCCCCACUUCUGUCAGCCCCUCCUGCGUCAGAAGGGACCGUGAGUCCCACCGAGGGCACAUUUUACUUGCAGGAAGUUUGAUUUUGUUGGAGGGGGCGUGGUCUCUGAGCUCGCUGGAGAACAGGUUCCCCCCUCCUUCCCCUGGCACCCCUCAGAGGUGUCGCCCCUUGGUGAGUCUGUGCAGCAGCUGCGCGUUCACUGCUGUCGUGGGGAGCCCUUUGGUAUCUUUUGUGCUGUGUCCAGUAAGACCCCUCAGGGUUGCAGGGCAGGUCUCGGUCGGUGGGCCUUUUUUUCUAGGUUGGGAGUGAAUCCACUAGGGCCAUUGGGUAGGAGCGGCCCCGAUCACCGUGUGCCAUUGUGUUCUGCUUGGCUUCUUGCCUCUGUGUUUCUCCUGCCUGCCGCUGUGGGGCCACUUCCAGCUUCUGGUAGGUGUCUCUCAUCUUCCAAGCCUUAGACCUUGGUUGCAGUUGUUCGGAAGCCCAAGGGCAGGAACCCAGGGGCGCAGCUGAAACCUCAGACCUUGGUUCCCCUGGGUUCUCACCUAAUUCCCUGUGACCUGGCGCCUGCCUUGUUCUACUAAUUGCUUCCUGACUUAGCCCUUUGGUUCACCAUUCGACGUCCCCGGUGCUGGAGACUGUAGACUGAACCUCACUUACCAUGGCCAGGGUUCCUCUCUGAAACCUGCUUGUCACCUGUCCAGACUCUACGCUUCACCAUAUUGCCUGCUGCAGGCCUGCCCCUCCCAGCACGAUCUUUGGCGCCCGCUUCUGGGACGCCCCAACCUCCUGCUUUAUCUCCUGUGCAUCUCCAGGGGCUGCUGGGCGGAAGUCCCUUGGCUUCCGUUAAUCCUUCCUUUGUUAACCUGUAGGAAGUUUGAGUUUGUCGGAGGGGAGCAUGGUCUCUGGGUUUGCUGGAGAACAGGUCCCCUGUCCUUGCCCGGUCACUCCCCAGAGCUGUCACACCUCAUAUUUGGCAUGUCCUAGCUCUCACUGAGCACGCUUGCUCACAGACAGUAAUUGUACUUCAGUCUCUCUGAUCUUACUUCACCCCAUUCACAGGGCAGAAAACCCCUGAAUUUGAGUCUGAUUUUCUGUUCUCAUUAAUCCUAGUACAACAAGCAGAUUUUCCGCUAACAAGAAACGAUUCGUAAUUCCUUUAUUUCCUGAAAGAAUUAAUUGUUCUUAGUGACCAGCUGGAUGUACCUAGGAACCCGAGAAAUAAUUUGCAAGAUCUAUUAUUAAUCAUGAGGACACAUACUGUAUGUUAUAUUUUAUGGUGUCUUUUGUAGUCACUGAAGUAAAUAUAAAUGUCCUUUUCUUCAAGGUAAUGGUUACUUGCUUUUCACUUUC